UCCCCGAGUAAAUCAACGUCACACUUUAUCAUUCACAACAUGGAGUCAGUACCCGAGACGAAGGAGCUCAAGGCUCAAUGGAACACCGAGAAGGAGCUCCAGCAGUUCACUGCCAGCGAUGUCGCCGCGCACAAGAGCAGGAAUGACAUGUGGAUCGUCAUCCACGGCAAAGUAUUCGACGUCACCAAGUACCUGGAUGACCACCCGGGUGGUGUAGAUACGAUUGCUGAAGUGGCUGGAGGAGACGCAACCGCAGCCUUUGAGGACGUUGGACACUCUGAAGAUGCCACGGAAAUUAUGCAACCGUUCUUGAUCGGCACCAUGAAGGACGCCCAAGCCUACGUUCGCCCGCAAGCUGUUCGCCUCGUCAAGAAGGAGCCCCAGGCCGCGCCCGUUGUUCCCGAAUCGCACGCUGUGCGGAACACCGCCCUUGGCGUUGUUGCCCUUGGCGCUGCCGGAUCCGUUGUUCUUUCCCGGACUGGCGCCGCCGUCCCUCUGCAGGACGCUCUCUCUAGCUUACCUAGUCUCUCUCCCACCUGGCUCCCUAAGAUCAGUCUUCCCAAGGGUGGUUUUGCCAACGGCUUCAUCGUUGCGAGCGCCGUCUCGCUCGCUGUCGGCAGCAUCGUGGCGCACAAGCUCAACCAGAUGACGGAAAUUGAGCAUGGCUUCACGAAAUACCCGCCGCACAUCAAGUCGAAGCGGAUAUCCGUCGCGCCGCGGCCGGUUGCUGGCUUCCUUGCGCCCAAGGAGUACAAGAAGCUUAAGUUGGUGCGCAAGGACACCCUGGCGCCCAACGUGUACCGUUUCGUUUUCGAGCUGCCGACGCCUCAAACCGUCCUUGGCCUGCCCAUUGGCCAGCAUGUGGCCAUCAAGGCGCAAGUUGGUGAGACGGCCGUCACCCGUUCCUACACCCCCACCUCCAACAACAAGGACCUCGGCCGCCUGGAGCUCGUGAUACGCUGCUACCCGGACGGCCUUCUGACCGGCAAGUACCUCGCGCACCUGAACGUCGGCGAUGAGGUUGAGUUCCGCGGCCCCAAGGGCGCCAUGCGCUACCGCAAGGGCUGGGCGAAGCGCAUUGGCAUGAUUGCAGGCGGAACGGGUAUCACGCCCAUGUACCAGGUGAUCCGGGCCAUCUGCGAGGACGAGCGUGACACGACGGAGAUUCGGCUGAUCUACGCAAACCGUAGCGAGGGCGACAUCCUGUUGCGCAAGGAGCUGGAGACAUUUGCGCGCCGCUACCCCAAGAACUUCCGCAUGUGGUAUAUGCUGGACCAGGCGCCGGAGGGCUGGGAGUACGGCACCGGCUACGUCACGGCGGAGGUUAUGCGCGAGCAUUUGCACCCCGCUGGCGAGGACUCCAAGGUCAUGCUUUGCGGACCGCCGGGUAUGGUCAACGCGGCCAAGGGCGCGUUGGUGGGUAUGGGCUUCCAGGCGCCGGGCGCGGUGGCAAAGAUUACGGACCAGAUUUUCUGCUUCUAAUCGGGGUGUGAGUUUGUGGGUGUGUAAUUUCUGCCGUGGAUGCGGUGAUACCGUUUGGAUUUAACGGGUUGGGGUUUAUGGGUUGUUGCCUGGGUGUGUUUGGCUACUACUAUAUCUAGGGCGCGGGAUUAGACUUGGGUGGGCAUGACUG